AAGGAGAGGGGGAAAAAAGGGCGAGAGGGAGCUGACUCGGAGGAAGGAAGGGAUGAAGCGGAGGUUCUGCUGAGAGGAGCCGGUGGAGAGGCUGGGUCUGGGGGCGAGGAGGAGGAGAAGAAGGGCUGAGGAUGGAGCAGGAGGAGAUCCUGAGGAGCUUCAUCCAGCGCGUCAAGGCCAUGAAGGACGCCGGCCACAACGGGGAGGACAACUUCGCCUCCGACUUCAUGAGGCUGAGGAGGCUGUCAACAAAGUAUAGAACAGAGAAGAUCUAUCCAACAGUCACUGGAGAAAAAGAAGAAAAUGUGAAAAAGAACAGAUACAAAGAUAUACUGCCAUUUGACCACAGCAGAGUUAAACUCACUUUAAAAACUCCCCCACAAGAUUCAGACUACAUCAAUGCAAAUUUUAUUAAGGGAGUACAUGGGCCAAAAGCAUAUGUUGCUACCCAGGGACCACUUGCAAAUACAGUAAUAGAUUUCUGGAGGAUGAUAUGGGAGUACAAUGUUGUGAUUAUUGUAAUGGCUUGUCGAGAGUUUGAAAUGGGAAGGAAAAAAUGUGAACGUUACUGGCCUCUGUAUGGGGAAGAAGGCAUUACUUUUGGACCAUUUCAUAUUUCUUGUGAAGCUGAGCAAGUCAGAACUGACUACUAUAUUAGAACUUUGUUAUUCAAAUUUCAGAAUGAAACACGUCGGGUAUAUCAAUUUCAUUAUGUUAAUUGGCCUGACCAUGAUGUUCCUUCAUCUUUUGAUUCUAUUCUGGACAUGAUUAGUUUAAUGAGAGAAUAUCAAGAGCAUGAAGAUGUUCCUAUUUGUAUACAUUGCAGCGCAGGGUGUGGAAGAACAGGAGCCAUCUGUGCCAUAGAUUAUACAUGGAAUUUGUUGAAAGCUGGGAAAAUACCAGAGGAGUUCAAUGUGUUUAGUUUAAUACAAGAAAUGAGGACACAGAGGCAUUCUGCAGUACAAACGAAGGAACAGUAUGAACUUGUUCAUCGAGCCAUAGCACAGUUGUUUGAAAAGCAACUACAAAAAUAUGAGAGUUGUGCAAAUUGGAAAAUUGCAGAUGGCUUGAAUGAGGUUAACACAGAGAAUACUGACAGUUCUGCAGACCUUGAGAAACAGGAUUCUCCUCCACCAAAGCCACCUCGAACUCGCAGUUGCCUUGUAGAAGGAGAUGUGAAAGAAGAAAUUCUUCAGCCACCAGAGCCUCAUCCAGUACCACCCAUUCUGACACCAUCACCUCCUUCAGCCUAUCCAACUGUUACAACAGUGUGGCAGGACAAUGAUAGAUACCACCCAAAGCCUGUAUUGCACAUGGUUUCUUCAGAACAUCCAACUGACCUCAAUGAAAACUACAAUAAAUCAAUAGAAGAUCCAGGGAAGAAUGAAAUCUCUGAACAUGCAGAGAAAAAGCUGGAGUGCAACUUGAGUUUUGAAAUUAAAAAGGUACCUCUUCAAGAGGGGCCUAGGAGCUUUGAUGGCAACACCCUUUUGAAUCGAGGACAUGCAAUUAAAAUUAAAACUGGUUCACCUUGUGCAGUAGAUAAGACUGCUAAGCUGCAGGAGCUAGGAUCAGGAGAUGCGUCUACAGAUACCUUAAAAAACUCUUGUAUAGAAUGCAAUGUGCAGCCAAUUAAUAAAUCUGCAACAUUUUCAGAAGGAUGUCAGUGUGUAGUAGGUACUGAUGCUCUGCAAAGACCAGAUUGUUUGCCCCUUAAAGAAAAAGCGCAUGCAACAUGGUCGUUACAAGGAACUAACAACAUACAGCCAGAACCAGUACUAGGGGAUACAUCUUCAGCUGCUCUGUGUCAUGGUGUUAAAAAUCUGUUGAUAGCACCGAAUGAACAGUUUCAAACUGAUCUCCCUUCCGUUGAAUCAACCAAUCAUCACAGUAGCAUGCUUUCAGUUAGAGCUCCACUUUGUUUUACAAAUCCUCUACAUUCUGAUGAUUCUGAUACAGAUGAAAAAAACCUGGAUGGAUCUGUGACACAAAGCACGUCUAAUGUUUCAACUGCGAGUACCACAGUUUCUGCAGCUGCCAAUGCAGAAAACAUUUCCUGUAGAAAAGUAUUGCCAAUGUCCAUUGCAAGACAGGAUAAUCCAAUCACAAGACAUUCUAGAGUUGAUAAAGAUGCAGGUGCUGCUGAAGACUCUUCUCCUCCUCUGCCAGAAAGAACUCCAGAAUCUCUUGUGCUUGCAAGUGAGCAGCUUACGACUUUACCCAAAGCUGUUAUCCUUCCAAGAUCUGCUGAAUGGAGUUUGUUACAAGAUGACAAAACUUUGGAACAACCAAAAUGUACAGGAUUGAAAGUUGCUGGGCCUGCACAGCUUGAUCAUACUGAAAUGGAAGACAAAUCAGAAGCAAAUGCUAUACCUCAGCCUCCUUUUUCCAACCCUACUGCUAAAGGAAGCCCAGUCUCAGAAGUUCCAGUUGAGACUACAGAUAUUGGUUUUGGUAACCGCUGUGGAAAACCAAGAGGACCAAGAGAGCCACCUACCGAAUGGACAUGAUGCACGAACAAAUGGACACAUAUUAAGUUAUACUGGAAUAUUCAAGUGCCACUGAACUAGAUCAAUAGUUUUCCACGCUUUUUUAGGGGGGUAACUAACACAGUGUACAUACAAAUACACAAUGGUACACUCUUAUAUACAUCAACACAAACAGUAAUAUCUGCAGCAGUGGAUUCUAGUAUUGCAAUCUGGGGCCAUCAAUCUGCCUUAUCACACUUAGGAGAAAGUAUUACAUAUGGUUUAUUUUGUUACUUCAAGUAUUAUUGCCUUAAUGUCUUUUGAACUUGUUACACAGUUUCUAGACAUAUUGAUAUGGUGAAACUUUUGACAAAUUAAGUUUAUGGACAACUUUUUGCUAAAGUUUGUUAUCCUGUACCCUUUAUUUUGUAUAUGCACAGGGCAAGCAGGUAUAUGAUUUGAUAAAGCUGAAAUCAUAAAGUAUUAACAGAAGGUGUAAGAAAUCUCUGCAUGACCUAAAUUUUCAAGUACCUUGUAAAUUAUUUGCCCUAAUGUUUUAGUAAAUAGUAUGUUUUGUUUUUAAAAAAAUACGUUGGGCACACAUCCAGAGUAAUAGGAUGGCAGAGAUGAAGAUUGUAAUACAUUUUGUAAAUUGUAAACAAAAAGUUAUUUUUAUAUUAUAUACUGUUUUAACUGUUGGUCCUAAUUUUGUCUUGGUUUUCAUCUAGUCAUGGAGAGUCCAUAAGUGCCUUUGAAAUAUCAGAUUUUUAGCAUGAAUUUGUUCACUGAUUGAGAUUAGCGUAUCAACAUAUUUGAUCUGCCAGUAAAAAAAGAACACUUAACUCACACUUUAGUUAUCCUUUUUAAUAUAUUUCAAUUAAUCUGUAGAAGAAUUUUCUAAAAAAACAUUUAUUACUAAAUUGCAUCAAAUUUAAUGUUACAGUAUACUAAUGGUGUGUAUUUGUGCAAGGCUUUCAGGGCCCCACCUGUAAAGGGACUGUUGAGACAGCUUCCACUGUGCUAGUGAAAAGUAAUCCCCCCUUCAGCAGCGGUAUCUGUAACACUCAAAGCCCUUAGAGCAACACUGUUUCUUGGCAAGAUGCAAUGUCAAGGUUAAUGCUCAUAAGGAUUCACUACAAAUAUGCUUCUGUUUCUGUAAUAGAGAAUCUUUAAAUUAAAGAGAACUCUUCCCUUAGUGGUGUGUCAUGUGUAUCACACGGAAUGCAGUAUACCUGAGCUAUAGUUAUGAUCCAUUAGUGUAAAAACAGAAUAGAUAAAUGUAGGAAUGCUUUGGUUUUCCUGUUCAAAAGAAUCUUGUUAGUUAUAACACAAUAUACAAACAAACAGGUUUCAUCUCUUUCCUUCCUAAAAGGUACUAAAUACAUUGAGUGUUUUGGGCAGCCAAAACUGUUCUGUUGAUUUUGAGAUGUUCAUAGGCCUUAGACUGCAGAGACAAUUUCGUGGCCUUCCAGAUUAUGUUGAACUCCUGGCAGUCCUAGCUAAUGGUGAGGAAAACUGGAGAAUGCAAUCUCAGCACAAAUGUGGAUGACCCACAUGGUUCCCACUAUUGCUUUAACUUGAAAUUUAGAUAUACUACUCAUUUCUAGACCAAAAUCCAUCUACUCCAGUAUUUAAGUCUUCCUUUGUUUGUUGUUAAUCAACUGUGAAAAUAUCAAUAAACCAGAAGUGAAUCUGCUUGCUUUAACAAGCAUCCCUGACCCCAGAACCGUUGAAACUGGAGGUUGACAGAAAGUUGCUGUCUUAGCGGUGCAUGAAACACCUUCCAAACAGUGCAGUUUUAUAACAUAUCAGCUAUCUUCAAAUCAGGUAAGGGGCAAAAAUAAAGAUGAAUUCUUGACUGAAUGACAUGACCAACCAAAGUUUAUGGAGUUUGUGUUACCACGCAUGCUCAGGACAUUUCUCUAGACACAUUUAAAAUGUUGCCAUGAUCAGGGAAUAAAUAUUUCUGAAAUAUGAAA